AUUCCUCCGGUUAGAAAAAAUAUAAUACAAAUGAAUAACCGCGCACGCUCCUACAGCUGUUAAAGAGGGUCUAACAAAGCGUGGAGAAAUAGACCAUGUGAAGGCGUCUUACAAAAUAUCUUCGUGCAGGAACAAGUGAAAGUUUAGGCUCUGAGCAAGAAAUGUCUACAGAAGAGAAGCCUGAAGCUCCAAUGUAUGUGUAUGAGUCGACGGUGCAUUGUGCCAACAUCCUUCUGUGCCUGAAUGAACAGCGGAAGCAGGACGUCCUGUGUGAUGUGACUGUGUUGGUGGAAGGGAGGGAGAUCCGUGCUCACAGGGCAGUGCUGGCAGCCUGUAGCCAGUAUUUCUCCCUGCUCCUCAGAGGCCAGAUAGAACAUGAGCCGGUCAUCAGCCUGCCACAGAAGAUCACAGAGAGCGGCUUUGCCCCACUGUUGCAGUUUGCCUACACAGCCAAACUGUUACUCAACAGGGACAACAUCCAGGAAGUCAUGCACUGUGCAGAAUUCCUAGGCGUGUAUAACCUGGAAGACUCCUGCUUCCGCUUUCUACAGGCCCAGAUGAAAAGUGAGGUUGACGGCAUGCACAACAGCCAGAACCCCUCAUCACCACAUGCACUGGGCCAGAACCAUCACAGAACAAAGACGGCAAACAGGCGACCAAAUUAUUCCAAACCACCACUGUUUGAAUCAGGGCUGCACUCUCGCAAACUCAGCUCUUCCAAGGACAGAGAGCAAUUCCAUGUCCCCAACAAUUUGCAUGAAUCAGACCAAGCUCCUUCCUUUGACUUCCCUCAUUAUCCCAAAUAUAGAAAUUGCCAUCAGGUUUAUGCCAAGCACAAUGUAACCUCCUCGCCAAAUAGCAGUAUCUUAAGCUUACACGGCUCGAUGCAAGUCACCAGUGGUGAUGCCCAGGGCCUGCAUCUCUCCAAGGUGAAAACAGAACCAGUCGGUGGGGAGGAAUGUUUACCACUGGACCUGUCUGAGGUGGAAAUGGAUGGUCUGGUCAGGGGUCAAGGGGCUGACAUGGAAAUGGACAUGGAAAUGGAGUUAGAUGGCCGGCAGCUAAGUUCAACACCCACUGAACUGCCUCCAAUUAAAUGUUUACCUGUGUGCCUGCGCUCCCUUGUUAAAAAGGAAGUAACAACUUUAAAUCAGUGUCUUACCUCUGAUGUGCAACUUGCCAACAGAACCUCUCAUAUUCAAAACAUUCAAGUUGCUCAGGGUGACUUUCAAAAUAACUAUCAGGAUUUUGUAGGGGGACUUGAUGUGACUUCCUCAAAGAAGGUUCAGAAAUUAACAGAUGGAGUGUCCUUCAAGUCCAUGUACUUUGAAAGGAUCUUUUCAACACAAGUUGAGCAGGAGAGUGACCGAAGGAGUGUAAUCUUUUCCUCUCGGGCCUCCAACCAUCUGACAUCACCAGUUCAUUCCUACCCUGGUGAGAUCUCUCUGGGGCAGGAGAUCCCGGAAGACCUAUGGACAGGUUCCAGUCAGUCAUUCACCUGUUCCCAAACACGAUCCCCUACUUCUGUCUCUCAAGAGCCUCCAUUGUCCUACCGCUGUCGCCCAAAGAGCAGCUGUCCAGUGCCCAUUAAAAUGUGCCCCCAGUCCGCUCACACUGAGAGUCACAUCAGAAAUUCUAGUUCUUGCUCUUCCUACUCUUAUGCUGAGGAUGGCAGCGGUGGUUCUCCAUCCAGCCUUCCCCAGUUUGAACUCUCUACCUCUCCUUGUUCAACUAUGGCGCGAUGUCUUGCUCUCGAACACCAGGAGCACAGCUUGUCGGGGCCACCAAAGAUUAAGUACGAGAAGUCGUAUGACACUAAUUACAGUGAUGAGUCUGGAUCCUUCUCAGAUGGAGAUAGUGAAUCAUGUGCUACCAAAGAGCGCAGGCAAGAGGUGAAGCUGCCUUUCUCAGUGGAUCAGAUCAUAAAGCUUCCACGGAACGACUUUCAGCUGAUGAUAAAGAUGCAUAAACUAACCUCUGAUCAGCUAGACUUCAUCCACGACAUGCGACGGCGCACUAAAAACCGCAUCGCAGCUCAGCGCUGCCGAAAAAGAAAGCUGGACUGCAUUCAAAGCCUUGAGUGUGAGAUUCACAAACUGGUCUGUGAACGACAGAAGCUCCUAACUGAACGAAAUCAGUUGAAGGCCUGUAUGGGAGAGCUCUGGGAAAACUUCUCGAUUCUGUCUCAGGAGGUCUGUAGGGAGGAACAACGGAGUCCAGGCCAGACUCAAUCUCAGUAUCAUCUACAUCCAGACCCUGUUUCGUUCAGUUCAACCAGUACAGACCUUAGAAUCUCUCCCAGUCCCACCAGUACAGACGUCACUCUCACCUCGCAUGGCAGCAUGGUGUCAUCCCAAUACUUCUCUGACUGCCAGGCCAUGGCUGAGUUGCCAAGCCCACACCUAAGAGUGACCAGAGAAGCUGUGCUGCCCCAGGACAGUCUCACCUCGUUGAGGUCAGAUCCCUUGCUCCAGACAGCCAACUCGAGUGUGACUAUUGAUUUCUGCCAGGAAAUGACUGAGAAAUGCACGACAGAAGAGCAACCCAAGAGGAACUGAAUACAUCAACCUGGAUUUGUAUAUUUAAUGAGAUUGUUCACCCGUAAUGAAUAUUUUGUCAUCAUUUACUUAUCUUCAUGUUGUUCUAAACAUAUAAUUUUCUUUCCUAACCUCAGUCACCAUUCACUUUUUUGUAAAGAAAAAAGAGGACUGAGGCUGGCAUUCUGCAUAUCCUUUUGUGAUGCACGGAAGACUGAAAGUCAUGUUUGGAUGAACA